AGAGGGAGAGUAAGGUGCAAUUUAGCCCUACAGCUGAUCUGUGCAGCGCUCAGAGAGAAGCUGAGACAACCAGACACAAACACACACGCACACUUUUGCUCUUUCACUCCCAUGCACUUCUUUCCUUUUGCCUGUAAGCACACAUGCACUCUAGGAGCCUGACAUCCAUGCAGUUGCACACAAAGACAACUGCAACGCAUCACUCUACAUCUGAAAAGAGAUCAUUUCUUUUCUCUUCUACAUCACAACAGUUUGGUAAGUAAAGACUACUCUGCCUCCCGGACUGAUAGGACACUUGGGGCAGAAGAAAGCAACUGAGGACACAGGAAGAGGAAUCUAAAAGCACUACCAUUGACAAGAGAGCGGAAAAGGGUGACAUACAAAUAGCUUAUUGCAAAGAUCAACAGAGGAAGAUCAACUGCAGAGGAGGAGAAUGUCUUUCCUCUCUGGCUCACCCUGGCAGCAGCCUGGCAUCAUUAAUGGAAACAGUGGUUACGGACAGCCUUCCAGUGGGUAUCAGCAGCAGCAUCAACAGCAGCAGCACAAACCUCCUGGUGUUCUCUCCAGCGCCAACAUCUCAUCAGUCAUGCCCUCCUCUUCACUCUCACCCACUGGUCCAGCUGCACCCCAUCACGGUGACCUGCAUUGCCAAACCCAGAUGGUAUCAGGGGGGAGCGCUGCCACAGCACAGACAGGAUCAAGAAUUACUUCAGUGGAAGAGGAGGUGAAAUUAGGGCGAGGUGGCACCGAGGGGAAUUUAUCCGGGAUGGUAGCAUCAGAAAGGCAAAGCUUCACCACACCAUUGCUGAAUAUAGAGGAUGAUUGGUCCAGACCCGAAAGGCCAAGGGAAGAUGCACAUAAGGUGGGAGGGGUUGGGAGUGUAUUAGGGAGUGCAGGGCAAAGCCCCAGCAGCCCCCUCUCAUCACAUUCCUCCCCAGUUUCAACAUCGCCCUCUCCUUCUCUCUCACCAGGGAGACUGUUUUCAAAUUCUGUCCUUGACCCUAAACCUUUUGGACAAAACGAUCUCCAGCAAAACAUGGAUGCGUUUCACCUUCAGGGAUCCCAAAAAGGUAUUCAAGGACACAUCUUCCCUCCGGCUUCUAACCAGGUGUCUGGGCAUCAGGAAAAAAUAUCAUUAAACCCAUCCAUCACCAGAGAUACAGCUUCAAGUGAAGCAGAAAGGAAGGAUGCAAAGAUGACAACUGGAAGCCUGUUGAAAGAGGAUUCUAAUGCAAGUAAACCUGGAAGUGAAACACUCAAGCCAUACCUUGGAAAGUCGGGUUUAGAUGUGAAUACUCUUCCUUUGUCUGAGCUGAAAGAUUGCAAAGCUGGUAGCACUGCAGGGCCUACAACACAUGCACCUGCAUCCCAGUCUCCAUCCCACAAAGCUGCUGGUAAUGCUGUGCCGAGUGUUUUAGGAGGCAACAUGCUGGACAGAGAGAACUUAAGCCAUACUGACACAGAGAGAACAGGAAGAGACAAUGUAACUGAGAAAAAUGUUGUAAGUUCUGCCAUGGGGCAGGCUGUAAAGCCCUUUGAAAGUAUGGGAAAAGGACCUUUUGCUUCGUCAAACAGAGAAACCAAAACAGUUAAAGGUAAUGACGUUCCUCAGCGGACUGCAGUGAGACGUGCAAUGUCUGACUGUUCACAUUUGUCUGUUCCCAUGGUAAUGGCCGGGGCAUACCCUACAGGUAUGGCCAUCACACAAGUGAUGGCACCCCGCAUGCAAGAUUUCAUCCCAAUGGGAACACCUUGCCCAUCCAGAGCCCCUUACCCACAUGUUGCUGUCCGUCGAUCACUUACAGUCACAGAUGGGACUGAAGGCUCUAGUUCAAUGGCAACAAUGAUCUCAGCUCCUUUAAUGAUGUCACCUGUAGUCCCAUCAUCUCCUCCUCCUAAGAGACACCAUGGGAGCUGUGAGACCAAUGUUCUACUUCCUGUUCCAGCUCCUGUAGGGACACUGGCUAACAGCACCCAAGAUAGUAUCACAAAAGCAACCGUGAAAGCUGACAACAAGGAGAAGCUAGACAUUAACUCCAGCAAGACGGACAAGAUCAACAACUUGGACAAGAAGGAAGAGCAGCUAAAGAAGGACAACAACACCGACAAGAAUCAAAAGCAGGAGAUGAUCCUCAAAAAUGAGGAAAAGAUUGAUAAGCUGAACGACAAGGCUAAUGAGAAGCCAGAGAAGGUGGAUAAGCCAGAGAAGACCAACAAGGACGAAAAGAAGGAAGAGGAGAAGAAGCCGGCUGAGAAGAAGGAGGAGAAGGGAGGAAAAGGCACAGCCAAGUCUCCCACAGGGAACGGCAGCAAAACCGUUCCAAGCACAGACAGCAAGAGCAAGCUUGAUCCGGGUUCAACCAAACAAAAUUCAACCAAAUCACGUCCAUCUACCCUCUCCACCAAUGAUGUGGCCAACUCGGCCAAACGCCCGUCUCCUACUACAGCCAAUAAAAAAAGCCCCAUGCCCAAGGCGACCACACCCACAGCAGCAAAACGUCAGCCAACCACAGGCUCAACCAAGGCUGCCAAGACUCCAGAAAAUGGGGCAGAGAAACGCUCACCUGUUCCAAAAACCACAGCCCCUCCUCGUCAGGCUCCCAACAAGAAUGGCACCUCUGCAGGGACGGCUAAUAAAACUGCCGCCAACAAAAAUGAGAAGACUGAGAAUAAGACAGGGGAGACCAAGAAACCCAAAACUACAGCACGUCCUCGCCCAACAUCCACAGCCACUCCUGCUACCCCGUCUGCCUCCACCAAUGGUGAAGGUGCAUCCACCCAUCGUCGCCGUGUCAUUACAAAACCCCCUGUGCCCAAGCAGACCCCCCUGGAGAAGAAGCCCGCAGCUCCUCGCCCUCCCCGAACCCCCCGACCCAUCAAUGCUCCGACGCCAGACCUAAAGAAUGUGCGCUCCAAAAUUGGAUCCAUCGACAACAUCAAGUACCAGCCGGGCGGCGGGAAGGUCUCCUCCACCCUGAACAGCAAGACAUCAGACUCCUCCACCCCUGCCGCCAAGGCCAGAGUUCAGAUAGUGCACAAAAAGCUGGACUUCAGCCACAUCACCUCCCGCUGUGGCUCCAAGGACAAUAUCAAACAUGUCCCUGGAGGUGGCAAAGUGCAAAUCUUGAAUAAGAAGGUUGAUGUGAGCAAGGUGACCUCAAAAUGUGGCUCCAAGGACAACAUCAAAUACAAGCCAGGUGGUGGUGAUGUGAAGAUUGAGUCCCAUAAGGUCAACAUUAAGGCCAAGUCCAAGAUCGGAUCUUUGGACAACGUAGGGCCAGGCAGCGAACAGACAAACGGACACAAGGAGGACAAAACAGGAGAGAAGACAUCUCCACCUGCAAGUGGUGCUCCACAGCAAACAACAGCACCAGCAGGCGUUGCUAAAGAGAAUGGCAUGAAAGAGCCAACAGCUUCUCCUUUAGGGGGAGGUGGACUAAAGGAGCCCCUUAGCAUAGACAAGCGCAUUACCGAGACAAACUGAGUCCCUGUGAGCUACAGAAAGUGGUGGAACGUGCAUGAUGCUCACUGACCUGCCAACCUACUGACCAACGAAAUAACCACCGUGCAGUCACUUCCCUCUGGUCCUGUCCUUCAAGUCACCCACUGCAGCAACAAUUGCUUCUCAGUGUUCCUCUGAGGUCUGCCUACCAGCGUCCUUCUACCAAUCCUUAACUUCGACCUCUCAAAGUUAUCUUACCAAGUCGUCCACUUGGUGUUUGUAGACACAUCUUUGUGUGGUUUCACCAGCUUGUUAUCUUCUUACCACAGAUAUACUCAACUUUACCCCGUUAAAAAAACAAAACAGCCUAACAACACAAAGCAGAGUCACCUAUUUCAAAUGUUCAACCUAUGAAUCUAACGUCUUAUGAAAACAAUUUUCUCUGCUCUUUGAAAAACAUUCACACUCCAACACUCCCUUAGUAUCCUGUAGUAUCCUAACCAUGUCAGUAAAUCUGUACCUCACCUCAAGAUCAGCCCAUCAGAUAUCACUUAGUCUCAUCAAAGGCAUUCUUAUUGCCAAUCAAAGACUUAUUACAAAUUAUUUAAUCACAAUCAUGAUAAUGUUGAUUAAAAAUUAUCAGUAUUAUUUUUAUCUCUCUAUUAGUAUCCUUGUACUCAAAGUUGAUAGAGGUGGUUUCAAAAAACACCACAUGGUUGUGCUAAACUGGAACAGCUUAACGUGUUUUGCAAAAAGAAUCUAAUUAAGUACAAAAGCUUGUUUAGACAGAAAUCGGCCGAUUACUCGAACCGCCUUUCUUUAUAUGUAGCUUGAUUGGUGAGAUGAGUUGGAAACUAAAAAAAAAAAGUUUUUGUUUUUUUAAUGGUACCAUAUUAACAACUUUCCUCAUUGUUGAUGUUGUUAUUAAGGUAAGGGGCUCAAAUUUAGUCUACAAAUAAAAUCAGAAGAGCAAAACGGAUGUGGGAAGAUACAUUUCAAGCAAGUCACCGUCCAAACAUAUUUAAGCACAGGAUCUGUAUUUUUUUUCUGCUUAUGACUGCAGUUAAAAACAUUAUUAGAAAAUUUUAGGACCUCAAAAUAAUGUCAGAAGAGCACAAAUGGUUUAUGUUAGGAGCUUCACUGGGUGGUCUUUAAUUGGAAAUUGGUCCUGCUGAUGUGAAUUAACACAAUUUACCUCAAAGAACACAAAAGAAUAGGUACACUGGACUAAUUAAAGCACUUUUUGCAGUUACACUGCAUGAUUUGGUUAUACAUAAUACCCUGGCUAAGUAGACGUCACGUAUAAAAAAAAAUAGAGGAUCCUAACCUUCACCACUAACUACCCUUUGAGUGUAUUAACCCUUAAAUCUAAAUAUGUAUACCUUUUGAGCUGGUAUCUACAUACACUGAGUAUUAAAGCUCUCUAGAAAUAAUGCAUAUGAUGAAUAUGAAGGAGCUCUGUAUUUAAAAGUUCUUUAUAGAUUACACUGUUCAUCUCUAUUCAUCACAUUUCUGCACAUCCACACCGUCUCCAAGGGUCCUCAGCCGUUACCAUAAGAUGUGUCUGGCCCAUGAUAAUAACAGACUGACAGGUAGAAGACCUCAAUUUUUCUCAUGCACCCUUUGAAACCGAAACCUCUUGGUUAUUUGCAUUAACCCAUCUGAGGAUGGAAGGCCCUUUGUAUGUAGUUUUAGAAAACCACUGCUUUAUCGUUUAGUAGUUCACGCUAAUGUGCUACUAUUGUUAAUAUUCUUUGUUCAUAGAUCAUCUCAUUAUCUUUGCUACAGGUUUUGUACACUGGUAUCCCGUGUUGUAGCAUCUCUUCAUCUCUUUCCUCUUCCUGUGUCUUUCUUUAGCUUUCUGACAGCAAUACAGUAAUAUAAAGAUUGAGGGCUUCUUGUCACCAGUGCAUCUAAGGGACACAAAAAAAAAAACAGAAAGAGGACAGAGAACUGAUAUGGUGAACAAACGUUCCGAGAUGGGGGAGAGUUAACUUGAAGUGGGAGCUA